AAACUUAUAAUGACUUAGAUAUUACCAGCAAUAGUGAAGAUAUGACUCUUGCUAUAGAAGCUAGUAAGAAUAUUAACUUCGAGGAUAAUACCAUUGUUGUUAACAGUGAAGAUAUAGAUUUUAAUUUUGUCAAUAAUGAGGAUAUUGGCUUUGCUUUUGAUGACAGUAGUAAUAUAAGUUUCACUUCUGAUAACAAUGAAAAUACAAACAUUAAUAGUGAUGAUAUAAAUCCUACUAUCGAUUUAAGUAAUAAAGACAUAUCUGUUAAAUAUAGUAAGAGUAUUUUAAAACGGAAUGGAUAUGGACAACAUAUAUCUAUUGUAUAG